AUGAGUACUAUCAAAGAAGUAGCCGAAGAUUGCCAAACAGAAAUUGUUGCUCAACUCAAUGACGUUUUAGAGCAGAAAGGUGUUAAACAAGAAGUUCUUAAAAAUGCACAAGAUAUCGCAACAGUUGCAUGCCAGCAUCUUCUUGAUCCAGAAAAUAAAGCAGCCCUCAUGGAAUUUAAGGGUGUUCCAGAAGACAAGAAGUUCGAACUUCAGCUUAUUUAUGAUUUCUUGAAAUGCUCAGGAUUUAAUUUCACAGCAAAUUGCCUUAAAUACGAAUCACAGAGACCAGAAAUGCUCGGAGCAUACAACCGUCGCCAAUUUGGCAAGGAAUGCCACUUAUGCACUUAUGAUAGAACACCAUACUUAGUUCAGCUUUGUCGUGAAAUCCAGCGCCAAGAAGGCCAAAAUUAA